AACACUGUUGCAUACCAUUACAGGGCUGCUAGAUAACAAACUGGGGCCUCAGAUGUCGGGCUCACAUUUCACUUUCAUUGACUGAGGGCCUCUCACUUUCAAACAUCCCCCCGCAAAGACCUGAUGGAGCUGAUCACACUGGUCCAAACUGGCUCUAGAGGAAUGUAAGAAGCUAAGAAAGAGGAAAAAAAUAGAAAGGGUACAUGGGUAGCAAGGGUAUAUUUUCAACGCUAUUGAUAAUGUGGACAUGGAAAGUAAUGCAACAGUUUGGUUUUAGAGCAAUUUGGAUGUUUUUGCUGCUGGCAGAGUCGGCUGCUCUCAUCUCAGGUAAGACGAUGGAUGAUUUUGGUCAUUCAGAAAAUGGGUUUUCAAUAGAAUGCGUUAAUCAAAUAGAAAUCAUCCACAUUCAAAUUAUUGCAUCAAACGAGGAGAUGAAAAGAAAACGAAUCACUUCAAUUCAAUUCAAUUCAAUUUUUGUGGGUUUAACAGAUCAAAUAUCUUCGAAUGCUGUAAUAACUCACCCACUUUUAUUCAUUGUGUUUUAACCUGGAUAUGUUUAUGAAUACUUUGUGUAAGAACCCUUUGAAGGGAGCGCCGACCUGCCCAUGCAGUCGGAGACGGACCUUGGCUGGUGCUCGGAGGGAACGUACGUCUCCUACCACGGCUGCUUGGAAUGCACAACAGGCCACUUUUGUCCUGGCAACGUGUCAGCACCUCACAAAUGCCCACCGGGAACAUUCAACUUCUACACAGGGAGGAGCAGCAUCGGUGACUGCAAGCCGUGUUCUCAUGGCCUGAUCAGCUCCGAGGACAGAGCGGACUGCAGGCCGUGUCCUGCUGGCUUCUCUUGUCACCCAGGCAACAGUACCCUGUCUGCCUGCCCUAAAGGACAGCAUUCCCCAGAAGGGGUGGUUCUUUGUUUGGCCUGCCCCAUAGGCUCUGUGUGCCCGUCUGGACACCCUCAGAAGUGUGACCCGGGGGGGGAGCCCGACUCGGAGCGGACCGGUUGCGUCGACUGUCCCCCUGGCUUCUACUCCACCCCCUGCACCGUCCGUUGUGUCAAGUGCCCCUCCGGCCCUCUGCCACCGCUGUAA